GGCGUACAUGGCCGUUUACUCAGCGCGCUGCAUUGUGCAGUACGUCCAAUCCAAUCCCAACCCUACGCAACGCCCAACAAACAACAUCGCAUCUUGCUUUAAAACCAUCCAUGCCCUUAGCAUCAGCAUCUCCACCCCCUCCGCCACACCACUACCCCUUCUGACACCCCCGUCGUUGCUUCUUUUUUCGUCGCACUAUUCUUUCCCCAUCCGGCCAUCGCGCUUCCCUUUUCCGGCCGCGACGCGCUCCCCGGCAUCCCAGUUCCCGGUUUCCCCAACCCCGGGCUCCCCGUACAUACGUGGUCCGUAUCGCGCAAGGGCGAUCGCGCUGGGAUAAUCUCUCCACCAAUCGUAGAGGAAAGAGGCUGCAGAGCGGAAG